AAAGGGGGAGGCGGACAUUCUAACCACGUGUCCAAGCUUUGCCUUUCGGGCUUCUUCGGAUUCAGAGCCGGUCUUUCUUCACGUGUCUUUAGAGACACAGGUCAGGAAGCAAGAGGUGGAGCAGGCUGCCGUUUUGGCUGCUUAAGGGAUUUCCUCAGCUCUGCCUGCAAGACCCCAGGGAUUACAGAGUUGGCCCGUCCUGCACACAUAAAGCCGUCGAGUCCUGGGCUUAAGUCUUCGCGGCAGCCAUGGAAAAGGGGCCGUGGUCGGUUGACGCGGCGGGGAACGGAGAGGAGCAGCGGCAGCUUACAACUCCUGCACCGGAGAACGCAACUGAGGAAAGCGAAGAGUGCUGCGAAGGUCUGUGGGAGCUGCCCGUGGAGCUCAGCACGCGGAGACCCGAAUGCGGCCGCUGCGGUCGUCCUCAAAAGGUGUGUCUGUGCCCAUUCUUGCCAGUUCAUCCUUUGAAAGUCUCCACUUGUUUGUACAUUAUCCAGCAUCCGGCAGAGGAAAGUAGAGUGUUACGAACAGUACCUCUUCUAACUGCUUGUCUUCCUGAAGACAAAUGUAAAGUCUUGAUUGGACGACGCUUCUGUGAAGACAGGUAUCCUGAAUUAGCAUCCAUAUGCAAAAGUUCAAAUACCUUAAUACUAUAUCCUGGCGCUGGAGCAACAAAUUUGGAAGAAAUGGAUUUGAGUUCCAUUAAUUCCUAUGCAAUCAUAAUCAUUGAUGGAACAUGGAGUCAAGCAAAAGAUAUAUUUUUAAAGAACCCCCUUUUUCAAAUGCCCAAGCAGGUACAACUGAAAACCAGCUUUUCAAGUCAGUAUAUAAUUCGUACCCAGCCCACAAAUGCAUGCCUGUCUACACUUGAAUGUGCAGCUAUUGCCCUAGCCAUCGUGGAAAAAAAUGAUGCAAUUAAAGAGACUGUACUUCGUCCUCUUCAAGCUCUUUGUGCUUUCCAGAUCCAGCAUGGUGCCCAAGUCCAUCACAGCAAGGAGCAUCUUCUUAAAAAUGGUUUAUAUGACAAACCAAUGCCAAAAAAUAAACGCAAGCUCAGGAGAAUGGAACUUUUAGUGAAUAAUGUUAAAAUUUAGGGGUGUCAUAUAGAUUUAUUAUUAAAGAUUUUUAUUCCUUUUAGCUAAUGAAGUGGAGUUAAUUAUGGAUUUGAUCCAAAUAAAAAUAUCCUAAAAUGAAACACAUUCACGUGGCUGCCUGCCCAGAUUUCAAGACUGAUACAAAGGCAAAAUGCCUGGGAAGCUUUUCGAAUAUCUGCCUGAAUUUUUCAUGAUAAUGAUGAAGCUGAAGCAAGAAGGAACAUACGUUUUCUUAAGUGUUUCAUUUUGACUUAAAUUAAACCAUAAUUUGAAUGUUUUUCUCUUAAUUUCUUACUAAAGUGCAGAUAUGUAAUAUUAAUAUUGAUAUGGCAGGUGGAUAUUGGUACUGUAAGUCAUAGAAAUCCUAGUAGACACAAGAAUCCGUAAUUCCUGUUUUUUCAACAGUUAACAAACCUGUUUUGAAAUAAGUGUAUUUUGGGGCCUAUAUUUUUCUAUUCAUUAAAGCCUGGCAAAAAAUAGACAUUCCAAUCUUAAAACAACAAGCAAACAAAGAGUAUGAGAUGCACUCCUCUUUCUAUGACAUUGCAAACAGACCAUGGGAUGAAAGCACAAAUUUUUUUAUGGCGAUUACAUUCUACUUUUUCUUGGUAGUAUUGUUGUGUUUGUUUCAAAAGAUUAUAUUUUUAUAUGAAUAGUGCAUUUUUAUCCAAUUUAAGAGCUAUUGUAACAUAAAUUAAAGAUUAAGAAGAUGAAAAAUAAUGCCUUGAGUCAGUAUUAUAUAUCUAUCCAUGUAGUUUGUCUAGAAAGAAAUGAAAUCAAUAUACCUGAAAUUAUAAAUUGCAAGCAAAAACUGCUAAUUUUGACAUAGAACUUUGCUAUUGUAUAUAGACCUACACGAAACGUGGAUAACUGGGAAGUUACAAGCAAUCAGGCAUUGUAUGUAUUGAUGAGAAUGGUACCAUUUAUUUUACCUUAUUUCAGACUCAAUACCACAUACAUUAUUUUAUCCUGACAUUUGGCUUCAUUAUCAUGAAUGCUACUUUUUUUUUUUUUUUAGAAUAUUUAAAUUUCUUAAAAGAACAGAAAAAUUUGUACUUUAGAAGUGAGCCAACUAAUAAGCAUCUUGGUACAUCAAAAUUUUGUAAGUUCCAGCUAGUCAAAAUUUUUCUUCAGACAUGUGAGAUGUAACCGCAAGCUCUCUCACAGUAGAUGAAUGAUUGGCACCACUAAUAAACCUCCAAGCAGUCUAUUCACAAGGUUACGGAAGAUAUUCAUUAUAAUUGCAGCAAAUAUUUAUGUUAUAUUAAAUAUUUCUGCAGUUGAAACUCCAGGUUACCAAUGUAAUCCCCAGGUCAUAGAUGCUUCCACUGGCACCUGUCAAGUCCUAAUUUUAACUGAUUUUGAUUUAUACUUUUUAAAACUUAAAUUAAAUGCAAAUAUGGGCUGCUUCAAAGCACCAAUUUUCAACUUCAUUUUUAUUUCGAAGAAUAUUGCUGGUUCCAAUAAAUGAUAGGUAGGCAUUGCAAGAAAUUAAAAAUUGCAAUCCAGUGCUUGCAACUUUACCUAUCUGUCCUGGGAGGGAAAAGCAUGCUGAGUAAUGGAAAGAAUCUGUUGGAAAAAAGUAAGCAUGGAAUGGAUGGUCUCAUCAGUUUGUUGUCUGGUAGUUAUGUUUUAUAACAAACUAUUUUUUUAAGAAAAAUCACAGAAUGUUUUCAGAAGUUGAAAUGUAUUUACUGCUCCCAAAAUAUUAGAAAUUCUAACACUGUUGGGACUAACCAAUAACAUUGAUCAUACUUUUUAAUAUUUCAAAGAUCAGUGAUUUGCAUGAAUUUUGUCUGAAGGUUUUGGUUCAUGUAGAAAAAUAUGAAGCAUAAAAAUAGUUAGACCAGCUGAUCUUAUUGAAGAUAUUGAAUCUUUUAAAUGCAUUCUUAAUAGUGUGUUUAACAUACUACUAAUACAUGGAAGACAAGCUGUGAUACUUUCUAUAUUGAGCUGCCACUAAAAGAAAAUUCAGAAUUUAAGUGAGUGGAGGUAAAAUUAUACCAUUGAUUUUAUGAUUUUCAGGUUGCAUAUUACACUUUGUUUUCAAUCUUUUAAAGUCCAAAAUAGUUUGUGGAAAAGUUCCUAAUAUUAUCUCCAUCUUGAUAAAUCAUAAUGUAUGUCACUAAAUUCCAUUCAAGAAAUCGUUUUUAAAAAGAUAUGGAUAUGGAUAUGGAUAUGGAUAUUUUAAGGAAUGAUUGUAUGUUUUUAGGGAUUUGGUGAAGAAGUUUAUGUACAAGGGAUCAGAAGAAUCUUCUGCACUUGUCCUGUAAUAAAACUGGUCUUGUGUGCCAGUCUGUCUUAUUAAAUCCCCGCUGUAGCAAUGCCCAGUUCAUAUGAAGACAAGAAUUAGAGUUCAAAGUAUUAAACAUCAAAUUCAAAUUGAAGUUCAUCUAAUAAGAACAUAUAAUAAUAAUAGUCUCUUAUUCUGCCAGAAUUGUUUUGUCAGGAACAUUUGAAAAGAGACUAUUCUUCACCAUGGAUUCAGAGAGUCUCUUCUAAUUUGUGGAAAAUAAUAAUUAUAAAUAAAUGCCUCUUGAAUGAUA